UGCUCGCGCCUCCUCAUCCUCCUCCUGCACCUCCUCCUCCCCCCCUCACCAGGAGCGGACCUCCUCUCCAUGUAGGAGCGCGCGGAGCCGGCACGCGGCCGCUCGUCUGCUGCCCUUCCUGCAGGCGGUUCCGGUCGGAUCCACCAUGUUCCUGCCGCUGUGGCUCCUGUGGUCGCAGCUGCUGAGGCCAGGUUGGUCCACUGGUGAUCCGUUUCCUACCCAGCAUCCCGAGCGCAUCUCUCUGUACCCCCGCCAAGAUGCGGACACACUCUCAGAGCUCCGCCUCCACCGCCAUCACCACCGCCAUCACCAGCGGCAUUCGUCCAGGUUGGCCAAAGAGACGCCGGCCGGUCUGUCCGAGACUCACUUCCGUCAGGAACCCGACAGCCGGUGGAGCGGACACCUGCAUCACCUGGAGACGCCGGUGCAGGGCGCCGUGUCGGCCCGACACAUGGUUACCAUGAAGAAUGUCCUGCAGGCCGAGCAGAAGGAUCCGGUUUGGAGCAGAGACGGUCUGUACGCCGUCGUCCUCUUCUUCACCGUCUUCUUCAUCGUCGUCACCUGCUUGAUGGUUCUGUAUCGGACAAAAGAGAAGGUUUCUGAGAGGCAGCGUAAAGCUCCGCCCCCUGUGAUCCUCCAGAGCAAACCCGCCCCCCUGGACCCGGUUCUGAGGUCCAAGGGCACCAAGGGCGUCACAUCAGGCAGCAUGGUCCAGAUCGAUCCGCCUCCUCCUGUAGCCACACCCACUUUCCAGCAGCAGCAAAUCACAGCCUGCCGCCGCUUGGCUCCGCCUAUCGUCCCGCUGCCCAGCCCCGCCCACGUCAUAAACACAGACGACGCCCACCUGACCCAGGUGACCUCCAGUAACGAGCUGAAGCCGUGCCCCUCCCCCUUCAGGAUGAAAGCUGCCGCAGGUCUGCAGGAAAGACGAGGUUCAAACGUGUCCCUGGUGUUGGACAUGUCCGCUCUGGGAUCGGUGGAGCCCCUCAACGUCGCCGUGGUGACCCCCAGAGAGGCGGCGGCGCGCGAGUACCUGCUGUCGGCCGGGCGGCCAAUGACGCGGCAGCAGCUACGAGACGCGGUGAACGACACGCACUCGCUGCACGUGGAGUUCGCCGAAAUUCCGAUGAACUUCACCGACCCCAAGGAGCUGGACGUUCCCAACCACGGGACCAAGAACCGAUACAAGACCAUCCUGCCCAAUCCUCAUUCCAGAGUGAUUCUGAAGACCAAGACCUGCAACGACCUGCUGAGCUCCUACAUCAACGCCAACUUCAUCCGGGGUUACCUUGGCGACGGCAAAGCCUUCAUCGCCACGCAGGGCCCCAUGGUGAACACGGUGAACGAUUUCUGGCAGAUGGCGUGGCAGGAGGAGGCGCCGGUCAUCGUCAUGAUCACGAAACUGAAGGAGAAGAACGAGAAAUGCGUCCUGUACUGGCCGGAGAAGAGGGGAAUCUACGGGAAGGUGGAGGUGUUGGUGAACGCCGUCAGGGAGUGUGAACACUACACCGCCCGGAGCCUCACGCUGAAGUGUGGGAAUCAAACCCGCGUCCUGCAGCACUACUGGUACACGUCGUGGCCGGACCACAAGACGCCGGACUCGGCGCUGCCGCUGCUGCAGCUGAUGGCUGACGUGGAGGCGGACCGACGCGCAGCCGCCGCGGCGGGGCCGGUGAUCGUCCACUGCAGUGCCGGAAUUGGCCGAACGGGAUGUUUCAUCGCUACAACCAUAGGCUGCCGACAGCUGCAGGUGGAGGGGGUGGUGGACGUUCUGAGCAUCACCUGCCAGCUCCGAGCCGACAGGGGGGGGAUGAUCCAAACAGGUGAGCAGUACGAGUUCGUCCAUCACGCCUUAAGCCUGUUUGAGGCCCGCCUCUCUGCAGGGACCAGCCAAUGAGCAGCCGGGAAACUCUGCAGGUAUGACCGGAGCUUCGGGAGACCCCGGAUGUUCUCUCUGACUUUCAUGGACAACAGAAUGGACUGUUGUGGGCGGAGCCAGAUCAAAGGAAGGAGGAAAGGUAUAAAUCUGGGGCGUCUCCUGGAGAAGAUGGAGAUCUUUCCUCCCCUCGGUUGACUUUGGGAAGGUGUUUUUCCAAACAAACCAGACUCUUCUGUGGCGAUGCGUAGAGUUCUGAUGUUUUAGAGUUUAGUUCUGCUGUAACUCUGACGGCUGUUUUAAAGACGACUGUUAGCUGGAUCCUCAGCUGAUCCCCUUUGACCUCUACAGCCGGUUUAGUGUCCUACAGUCUUCAGGACUACUGGGUUUACACUCGGGGUUCAAACUUUGUUCCAGAUCUUCAUUCUUGUCAGAACAAUCCAGCUGAAGUUCAGAAGCUCUGAGUUCAGCACCAGUUCUGUGGUGUUGGAACAGUUUUAUUUCACUGAUAAAUGUUUGCCUUUUAAAUGUGGAGCGGGUUCUAGCAGACGGUUCUGUUGGACCGGGCCGUCCUGCAGCCAAUAAACCAAUAAAGUAAAAGCCGCCCCGCUCCGUGCUGGUUUGGUA